AAGAAGAAGAAGAAGAAGAAGAAGCGCUCACUCUGCUAUCCGUUACUUUUCACUGCAGAGAGGCAGACAGUAGUAGUUGCAUCACAGAUACAUCGUCAGUCUGAUGUGGAACUUCCUGGUCAGGCAGAGCUUGUCACAAGAACCAGAACACGCAAUUUGUCAGACUUCUCUCAGCUAACCCAAAUACGCAAUCUAGAUACCGGGUUUCACCGUUAUUACGACUGUGUUAUUUCACAGUGGUCAACAGAGAGGGGAUUCAUUCGUUAACGUUACCCACCAUUAAAGUUAGCUAGUAAGCUAACGUUAGCUCUGUUGUGCUCUAGCCAUGUCCGCUUCGGCUGGAUGCUCCCCGGUGGGUCAUAGCUCAGGUCAUAGCUCGGGCCUCGGCCCUGGUAUGUCCAUGUUUCGCUGGCUAGAAGUCUUGGAAAAAGAGUUUGACAAGGCCUUUGUGGACGUGGAUCUCCUGCUCGGAGAAAUAGACCCAGAUCAAGUGGAUAUUACGUACGAGGGUCGGCAGAAGAUGACCAGCCUAAGCUCCUGUUUUGCUCAGCUCUGUCACAAAACCCAGACGGUUUUCCAGCUGAACCAUAAACUAGAGGCUCAGCUGGUGGACCUGCGUUCAGAGCUGACUGAUGCUAAGGCUGAGCGAAAAGUGAUAGAAAGGGAAGUCCAUGACCAGCUCCUGCAGCUUCAUGCGCUUCAGCUGCAGCUUCAUGCCAAGCAAGGCCUGACUGAAGACUCUGAUGCCAUCAAAGACAGACUGCCUGCAGCUACAUUGGGCGAGAUGGAACAAGAGCUCGAGGUCAGCAAGAAGGAUAAGUUAUCGGAGGCAAGGCUGGACGCAGAAGUGAGACUAUUCAAGAAAGAGAAUGAGGCUCUGCGCAGACACAUGGCCGUACUGCAGGCCGAAGUGUACGGAGCCAGACUGGCUGCCAAAUACUUGGACAAGGAGCUGGCUGGCAGGGUGCAGCAGAUCCAGUUACUGGGCCGUGACAUGAAAGGGCCGGCACAUGACAAGCUGUGGAACCAGCUGGAGGCAGAGAUUCACCUUCACCGCCAUAAGACUGUCAUCCGAGCAUGCAGGGGUCGCAAUGAUCCCAAGAAACCCCUUCACUCCCCUGUUGGGCAUGAGCCAGACAUGUUGAAGAAAACCCAGGGAGUCGGCCCAAUAAGAAAGGUGGUGCUAGUCAAAGAUGAUCACGAGGGGCUUGGAAUCUCCAUUACAGGUGGAAAGGAGCACGGUGUUCCCAUUCUAAUUUCCGAGAUCCAUCCAAGUCAGCCUGCGGACAGAUGUGGAGGUCUGCACGUCGGAGACGCCAUCCUCGCUGUCAACAGCAUCAAUUUGCGAGAUACCAAACACAAAGAGGCUGUCACCAUUCUGUCCCAGCAGCGAGGGCAGAUAGAGUUUGAGGUGGUGUACGUGGCUCCAGAGGUGGACAGCGAUGAUGAGAACGUGGAGUAUGAAGACGACACUGGACAUCGCUACCGACUCUAUCUGGAUGAACUGGACGACCGCAGCACAGCGCCGCCCAGCAACAGCUCGGCAUCGCUGCAGGCUCUGGAAAAGAUGUCACUGAGCAAUGGAGCAGAGAAUGGAGACACUGGCAUCUCCUGUGAGACGACUUCAGGGGAAACUUCUUCAAAGCCUCCUGAGACUGACUGCUCCUCCUAGAGGCUCAACCUCACCAUUGGUAUUUGGAGAUAUAACAAGAGGAUUGGUGGGAUAAUUCCCUUCAAAGAACUGAAUCAAAGAAUUCUAUGACAACCUUAGGGACGAGGGAAAAUGAACAGAGGUGGUCUGUUUUCCCUUUUUCCUCUUGGUGUUCUGGGGUGAUGGGAUUUGGAGGUCUAGUCUGGGCUUGUGGCAAUGAUUUGGAGUAAAAGUACACGUUUUAAGAAGCAGGGGUGUAACAUAUUUAGAGGAGGGAUUGAUAUUGAAUAAUGGUUGACUUUUUUUCUGGAUAUUUUUAAUUUAAGAUACUGAUGGAAAUUGACAGCUAAAUGUGAGAAAAGUAGACGUCACCAAGCUGUCGGGUCGGCACAGUGACAUGAAGGAGGAAGAGGUUACGUUGGAAAUGUGUUUUGGAGAAACGCUUGUAGAGUGUUUUGCUUCUGUUUUGUAUUCAUCUUGACCACACUAUGACAAGACUGUAUUGUCCUGCAGGGACCCCGGUAGAGACCACACAAAUAACUUGGAAAGGAAAUGAUUGUUUUUUACGAAAGAGAAUAAGUAUGUUAACAACCGUCUCAGACGUAAGUGAUCAUUCUAGCUAGCAGGAGCAAGGCCAUUCACGCUCGGAAGUUGUGCCUGUUGUCACCAAUACACUUUUUAAAACUUUUUAGAAGCGCAUUUAAAACCGAAGCAAAGUAGAUAGUCUGAGUGUCCAGGGUUUAACAACCACAUGAUGAUACAAAAGAAAACAGUUCUUGUCAUUUGACAACAGUGGCUGUGACACCACAGGGGUUUCCUUCCCUACAGGCAGCGUGCGUCGUAAGGUUUGACGAGUAACAUUUUAAAGGCACCUCAAAAAUCCCUUUCCGAACGGCUGCCUUCUUUACUCUAGCUUUUUAAGGGCACAACCGGUUUCCUUUUUAAAGGGAUAUUUUGAAGUGUGGUUGUAUGAGGUACUUCUCUAUAGUCGGUGUAUUACCUGCAGUAGAUGGCGGUCUGCACACCCCCAGUUAGAUAAGCAGACAGGAAGCAAAGCCAUGUACUGCUGUGGAGGGGAGGGGGGGGGGCAGGGGGCAGCAGUAAAACGUAUUCUAACCACCUAAAAGAAAGUCUAAAUGUAUAUUUAGAAUAUUUUCACUCAAACUGAUAUUAUUGUUUUUAGGCGGUUCAAAUAAGUUUUGCCGCUGCCCCCCUCCACAGCUUGCGUGCUGUAACUCCAGUCUGUUUCUCCUAACCACCUACUGUAAGUAAUACACUGAGUAUGGAUAAGUACCUCAUACGACCCCACUUCAAAACAUCUGGACUAUCCCUUUAACACCCUUGUAGUAUCCCAAAUCCAAGUUCUUAAUGGCCCCUGUCAAGACAUUAAACCCUUCAGAGCCAGCAUUUAGCAAAACAAUCAAACAAUGUAAACUAUGCUAUAUGUAUAUUUUAGGCUAAAAGAAGCAAGUUCUUCUCCAUAUUCCAGAUAUUUUAGUUACAACUGACACUGCAAGGACGCUCAGAAGUCCUUGAGGACAUUGUCAUUGACCUCAAAACCCCGUCCUGGUAUCCUAUCCUAUUUAUAAGGUGGUGACUGCAGGGUAGAUGUUCCAUUGACCAGUCAUCCCGCCAUCGUUUUUUAACCUUGUUCCAUCACUAACAUAUUUUGGCAUGUCACUGUAUGUUGAAUACAGGGUGGGCACAAUUACACAUGUAUGAUAUGUCAUUGAAUGCAAUCAUUCUUAAUGAUGGGGUCUUUCUUAACUGUUGUAUUGCUGUAUACUGUAUUAUUGUUUUAUUACCUACCCAAAGAUCUACAGUGUUAAUACAUGAUUGUGCCCAGCUCUUGUAUCUGUCACUACUACCUGCCCGUGCUCAGGCCCAAAGGAACACGAGUGAGGAAGCCACCUUACAGCAUUCAAAUGUCACUUUCUUUACUUUGUUAUUCUGUUUACUUGGUGCGUGACUCUAAACUCUUGACACAUAUGAUGUGCAUCUUUAUACGUAAUGUAUUCAAGUCACACAAUUUAUUUAGCCUUUAAAUAAAGUUUGGUUCCAAUAUGA